AUGACGACAAAACUAAGAAAAACCCUUUCACUAGUAGUUCUCUACGCUGUUUCAGCUAGUGGUGGUUCAUUUGCUUUUGCUCCGUCCACAUCUCAGUUUCGCCAAUCAAAAUCACCCUUGGUCAUCAGCCUGCUGUCCAAGGAGUACUUGACGGUGGAUGGUGGAGUCCAAAAGGAACUUCUCUUUGAUGGCAAUGGAGAUAUUCCAGAAAAGGGCACCAAACUGAUCAUGACUUAUUCGGGUAGUCUGGCACCCAACAACUGGUCCCCCCAAGAAGUCGUAGAUUGUUGGUUGAUGGAACAACAAGGAUUGGAUCAUUUGAAGGAUGCCUUUCUCAAGGAAGAAAUGGAUGAAGCCAAAUUGACGAAAGAAGACAAACAAGGCCAGCACUCUCCUCAUAUUCCAGCAAACAGUCAAAGAGAUUUUAAAUAUGCUAGCAAUCAAAAGGAGCUGAUAACAUUGUGCUAA